UCUGAUUCAAUUGUUCAGGAAUGUCUUGUGUCUAAAAUAAUGGUCUCUAAUAACAACAAUGCUCCAAAUUCCAAUAAUACCACAAAGGUGGCCCCUGAAGUUGUGACCACCUCUGGAAAACUUCACUCCGAAAUACAAGUAAAACCUGACCCCAAAAGCAUGGUGGAUCCUGACCCCCAGGACAUCACAGUUGAGCUGACUGAGGGUGGUGACACUGGCAUGCCGCAUGAUGACACUUUAGGAGGUAGUACCCCCACCCCAACACAACCACUGGUCAAAAGAAACAAAAGCAUUGAGUCCUUAGCCAGCAGGACGGCUAAGAGGUCGGGAUAUUGCCGCGACUGCCCAACUUGUGUAGUGUUGUAAUGUGUGCAGUGCCCCCUAUAGUGUUUGAUGUUGUAUUCAAGUGGAAACCAAAGCCACAUCAAACCACACAGAGCAUAAAGAACUGCCAAAUCAGCAGAUAAUGAUAACACAAAUAGAAUCUACAAAAUAUGUACACGUGCGGCAGAAUGGAGAAUCAGUGAGGGUGUUUCGAGAGACGUCUGUAUAGCAUUUGGUGAUUGUACAUUUUAUGUGGAGAUUAUUUAAGUAUUGUACAUUGUUAAGUAAAAUGCUUUUGUCGAUGCAACAUGGAGCUUGAUACAUGUGAUAAACUACAUGGAGCUUGAUACAAUGUGAACUACUACACGAGCUUGAUACAUUUGAUAAACUGCAUGGAGCUUGAAACAUGUGAUUUGCAAACAUGUAGCUUAAUACAUGUGAUUAACUACAUGGAGCUAUACAUGUGAUGGUAUACUACAUGGAGCUAUACAUGUGAUGGUAUACUACAUGGAGCUAUACAUGUAAUGGUAUACUACAUGGAGCUAUACAUG